GGUACACAAAACAAUUGCUCUAUUUAUUAUAAACGGGGAUUUACUGAAAUAUAAACAAAAGUAAUAAUUUUCAUAAACAAUUACAACCAUACAAAGUGUUCCUUGAAGUGAUAAGUUAAACAGUCAGAUAAUGAAUGCUUUGUAGUUAUACUACCCACAUAUAAACUGGCUUCCUUUUUAUAUACGCUUGAAGUUCAUAUCCCGUAAUAGGUAUUAUUUAAUUUAUCGUAAAUCCUCUGGGAAAAUGGACGAGGUCGAGACGAAGACGUGCGAGAACUGCAAGCGGGACAUCCCGGCAGACAACUUCACGAUCCACAGCAUCCACUGUGCUAGAAACAUCCGGAUGUGUCCCGUGUGCAAGGAGCCCUUCCCUCACGCAGAGCUGCAGGAACAUCAUGAGAAGAUGCAUAAAUUAUUGCCGUGCAAGCAAUGCGGCGAGAGCGUCUGCGGGACGGACUUGGAGGACCACAUUAGGGACUCGUGCGCACACACCAUGCAGACUUGCAAGUAUUGUACCCUAGACCUCCGUCGGGGCGAACUCCCCGCGCACGAGCGCUACUGCGGCGCGCGCACAGAGCAGUGCGAGCAGUGUGGUGAAUGGGUCAUGAUGAGAUACCGACAGCUGCACCUGGAUUCCAACCAUGGCUUCUUGAGGCUGGAUGAUGAUCCGCCACCCUUCAGAAAGGACAAGCCCAACAAGAUUUUCAACGACUGGGCGAAACCAGCGAACGGGAUCAAGAAGCCGGACAUUAUUAAAGACAUUAAUGUACCGAGACCAACCGAGAUACGUUACUUUCAACCCAGUACUUCUUCCAAUGGGACCAAGAAUCGGAGACCGGUGAAUGAAAUGAUUCAAAGAACUGUGAACGAAAAUAAACAGAGACAAGUGAAUGAAAUGAUUCAACGAACUGUGAAUGAAAAUAAAAAUAGACCAGUGAAUGAAAUGAAUCAUAGACCUGUGAAUGAAGUUAAACAGAGAACAGUGAAUCAAAUAACAGAAACGAAUGUAGAGCCGAGAGCGUCUAGUUCUAACGGUGCUGUACCAAGACCUAAGAGAACGAAUGAUCAGCCACAGAUCAAUACUAAUGUGGCGCCUACAAACAAAGUUAAUAAGAAUAUGCCAAUGUCCCGCGGCGCUAUAAAGAAGCGUCCGGCCCCGAAGCCCCCCGCGGACCCGCUCCGCGAGCUGCCCUACCGCCGCGCGCUGCUCCGCCAGCAGGAGGAGCAGCGCGUCUUGCGGGAGAAGAACGCUGAGAACUUGGCCAAGGGUCUUCCACCAGUCCUGACUCCGCUCGAGAAACUAGAGAAACUUAGAAAGAUGGACGCGCUACACAACCGCGAAAUAGACGACCAAAGCUACAAGAAUCGUCUCAACGGUCGCAUAUGGAUGGCGCCAGACAUACCGUCCGGCCACGUGCUCGGCUCUGCCGGAAGUUCUAGAAAUACGGAACAAGCGCAAAUAGAUCUUGAAGUUGAGAGAAGGAAGAAGGAAUUCAAGAAUCUCAAGCCAAUGACGCCAGAGGAGUUUAUUGAGAGAUUCAAUGAACUGCAACUGAAGGAGCCAAAGGAGAGGAAGAACGGCGACCGGUUCAGUCAGAUUAAAUCGUCACUGAGGGAACUAAGACGGGACUUGAAUGAGGUAACAGCUCCAUAUAAUGCGAAUAAUGCCAGUGCUGAUGUGAAUCAAAAUCGCAACUGCAGGUCCCCAGAGGAAGUAAGGCUGCCGUGCGAGUUCUGUGGAGAGGCUGUGCCUCUAGAUGAUCUAGUGCAGCAUGAGACGGGUUGUCGCCCCGACCUGGCCCGUGUCCCCCCGCGGUCCCGCAGCGCCAGUCCCCCCCCCGACCAACAUGGCGGUAUCGCACAAGCUGCACCCCGCAGUAGCCCGCCAGCCGAAACGGUCAUACCGUGCGAGUUCUGCGCGAGAUCCCUGCCUGUGUACUUGAUUAGUGAGCACCAGGAACGCUGUGGCCGAGAAUCGAAUCUGCUAUUUGCCGACUAAAACCACAUAUAGGAAUAAGGAAU